AUGGCUACCCAAGUUGGCAAGAGAACCAACUCCUUGGCCUUCGCCCGUUCUGACUGCCAUACGUGUGCAUCAAGGGGUCAGAAAUGUGACCGCCAGCGACCACAAUGCACUACCUGCAUCAGUCACGGUCGUAAAUGUGGUGGUUUUGCAACACCCCUGUCGUGGGAUCAUCGACGGACGCGCAACCGGGGCCUAGCCAGCCAAGAUGAUUCCGGGGAGGAUGCAGCCGUCACAACUCCCAAGAUAGGAAAUGGCCAGAUAGGCAAAGACCCUCCUCGGCAUUUUAAGUUUGUACUGGGUGGGAAACGAGAUCGGAAACGCCGGAAAGUGGUGCCAUCACGAAAUACGGCGCGUGCGGAGGUCGAGGCAAAGGCCGUCAAUCCCCCACAACCGGUGGAUGUGGUCGAUGGCGAUGUUUCUCCCCGCGGUGAUGAUGAACCAUCGUUUGAUCUGGUCGCUCUUGCGCAACCGGAGCAUCUGUUUGAUCCCUCUGAUUCUUUCUAUCAGCAUGAUACUAUUGAUAUACCCACUCCACAAGACUAUUUUGCGUCUUUACUACAAACCGACUCAUCUGCUUUCCCCCUUGAGACCCCGUGUAUGAUGGAGCGUACAUCAGGGGAGGUCUCCGGCUUUGGGUUAGGUGACGCAUUCCAGGAAGGCCUGUCCUUUAUUUCCUCGGAUAUGGGCCCUGUGGAGGGAUUGGUGUCAACAUUACGCGCACCCACUCUGGAAUCCAUAAGUGGAGCUGCGCCGGGCCCAAACCAGCCUUUAGGGAAUCAGCAUGAGGCAUUGCUGCAAAUGUAUGAUACGGAAUUCUGUGUCCUCCCCCUGACAUCCGAUACAGCGCUGAACCCCUUCCGCUGUCGAGAGCCGUUGUCCCAAGGUUCAAGGCUCUUGUUCCAUUCCAUCCUGGCGCUGUGCUGCCGGCAUCUCAGCCAGAUUACCGGAACACCAUCCUCGGAAGAGCGAGAGCACCGUAACCAGGCGUUUAAGCUCCUCGAGAAUGCACUCCAAAGUGACCAGCUCGCAAGGAAAGGUUUGACGCUGCUGGAUCCACUCUUGGUUCUCUUCACACUGGAUUGUACCCUCUCUGCGUCCGGGCGAUGGUCCACCUAUUUAACUCGAGCACAUUCCAUCCUCGAAGCAUGUGGCGGUCCAUCAGCCCUUGAUAAUGCGCGCAUUCGAGCCCAAGUAGCCAUGAUUUUGUGGUGGGACGCAACCUUGGCUCUAAUCUCCCGCCAAGGGACAGUCUUCUCCCAGCCCUACCUCGACCACCUCAUCCGCGCCGAGAAGAAAGACCGAUGGUCAUUCUACGACCUCACCGGCUGUCCAAGCGACCUGGUAGCUGUCAUCUUCAAGCUAGCAGAACUGGCCCAUCAAAGCACAAUCGCCUCCACCAUGGAAUGGCUCACAUUUAACAUAACCCCUAUUGUGCAGAUCGAAGAACAACUUCGGUCCUGGACACACCCUUCCUUCGCCGCACCUUCAUACAGCCAGACCAGUCCUAGCGGUGAUGACGGUACUCGCACCCUUCCACUCGACGAAGACAGGUUUCACGCACACCAAGACCGCCAUCAUUGCGCCGAGGCAUGGCGUCACGCCCUCCUGCUCUAUAUCGAGCGGAUUUUCAGGUGGGAUCGAAACCAGAUCCGGCCGUUGUCUAUCCCUUGUCUGGCGAGAUUAACUCUCAACCAUGUGCGGUGUUGUAGACGCACUUCGCAGACCCAGAAACAGUUACUGUUGCCUGUUUUCUUGGCCGGUAGCGAGACUGGGGAUGAGGAGAUGCGGGAUCUGGCUAGGGGCUAUUGUCGCUGGUGGGGAGAGCGCAGUAGAUAUAAUAUGUUUCAUUCGGUGCCGGCGUUGCUGGAGGAUAUCUGGGGUGGGGAGAAAUGGUGGGGAGAUGUCGUCGAUGAGAAGACUAAAGGCGCGUCGGCCGAGGGGUCUAAUGUGCAGUUUCUUUUUGGGUAG